AUGUGGCCUCAAAACAAGGAGAAGGUCCUGCUACAGAACACAGCGCCCCCUGGGUGCCCCCCACAGGGUCCUUCACAAUUUGUGCACCCCCUGGCCCCCAAACUCCAGCCUCUAUUUCCCCAGCAAUCACACCCUUCCUCCCACCCACCACACACCUCUUCCCUAAGGUCAAAUUCUUGGGGCUCCUGGCUGUGUGCCUCGGAGUCCAGCUCUGACUCUGUCCUCCACCCCUCUCCAUCUCCCUCUGUCCCAGACUCCCCCAAUUUCCUCCACCAGGACUCCCCCUCUUGCUCCUUCCAGCAGUCCCACUCCACUCCUCCGCUGACACGCUCCUCCGCUCCGUCCCAGACACCCAACGAUCCGCCACACUCCCAGUCUCCUGCCCACGGGGAAGGCCCACCCAGCUCCACCUACACUUUCUGGAGUGCCAGGGCCCCCUCCAAGCAGCAGGCAUGGCACUGGCAUCAGUCCAGGGGCACCACAUCCCCUGGGGAGGCGGAGGGAUGUGUGGCAAGCGGGAAGGACCCCGCAGAGUUCAAGGACCCUGGAGCCCUGGCGCAGGCCCUGGUGGUCCAUCUGGGGCCUCGGCGCAUCGCUCAAGACCUGCGGCUGCUGCUGCUCCAGCGUCUGUGGCUCGGCAACACCGACCAGGCCCCGGUCGUGGAGUACCCGGUGUGCCUGGUGUGUCUCCAGCUCCGCAGUCCCUCCUGCCCCGCCCCCAGGUACAAGACCGGCCCCCACCUGCUUGCCUUUCCCCAACUACUGCCCUGCGCCAAGGACCAGGAGUCUGGACCACUCCGCCUCGGCAUCGGCUUUGGCCUCCGCCUGCCUCGGGGCGAGGCCAAGGCCUUGCAUCUGUUUCCAAAAAAAAGACCCGAGAAACCAGAGCCUCAGCCGGCGGCCGCACCGGCCCAUCAAACAUCUCCUCCAGCCCCCAGAGCUCCAACCCCAAGGUCUUGGGCCUGGGAAAGUUCAGUCCCAGGCACAUUCUCGCAGACAGGGAGCCUCAAGUCUGCAGGCCCUCCCUCACCAAACUCCACCCAAUGUCCAGGCUCUCCACCCCAGGCACCAAAGCUGCACAAGGCCUCCCAGAAGCCCAGGCCUCACCCUGCCCCAAAGACGCCGGCCUCUCCAGAACCCUUUCCCCGAAGCCCGACUGACUCCAGCAAGGAACAAGGGCUGCAGGUUGCACUUCCGGUGUGCCACCUGGGCCCGACCACGCCCUCUCCGGGGUCAAACGCCGCGGCGGCGCUUCUUGGCCUGCGCCCCUCGACUGAAACGUGGCCACUGCGACGUCUUCGCAAGAGGCCGCCUUUCCCUCCCCGCGCGGCCGCCGCAGUCGUCGUCACCCGCGACUUCCCGCGGAAGAACACCGCGGCGCGCCGUCGCCCCGCACCAAGAUGGCGGCGCCCGUCGUCCCGCGAAGGGGGGGGAGCGGCGGCGCGCGCCUGUGACGUCACGGGCCCGGCCCCCCGCGAGGAGCCGAGUGCUGACGCGCGGCGGACCGCUCUGCGCCUGCGCGAGCGGCGCGGGCCCGGCGCGCGUGCGCACGGCGGGGCGGCGCGACCUGCCUGCACGGCGGCGCCCGGCGCGGAGCGGACCGGCGGCGACUCCUGCGGGCGGCUGGCGAGCAGCCCGCGAGCGUGA